GGAGACCGGGUGGCGGCGACGCCAAGCGCAGCCGGUUGGAGGUUGUACGGAUCCGUACUGUGGGUCGGGCUGGAGGGAGAGAGCGCCUGCCGUGAUUAAUAUUCCAUCGGCUCCUUCUCUCCUGACCUGGGACGGUCUUGCGAGCCGCUUCGGCGGAGUAAUCGCCCACCGGCGGCUGCAAGGGCGACGAGUGGGCGCGGCCAUCUUGGUGACACAGUGGGGUCAGGGGGGCGGUCUCCUGCCCUGACCCCGCAGGCGGCCGCGUCAUUGGCCGCUCCGCAGCUGCGCAUCCCAACCUGAGCAACGGGAGGCUGCAAAACAUCCUUCGAUGCAGCAGGAGCAGGAGGCCAUUUGUUGCUCCGUCAUUCAAUUUUGCCUCUUCAGCAUCUUCUAUUCUCUGCCAUAAACGUUAGAAAUGUGUGUUCUGAAUUUCUGCUCCAUACUGGAGAGAAAACCUGCAUACAGUUUUUGAGUCUGAAGAUGGGACCAGAUAACAAGUCAACUGUCUAUUCCCUCCAUGAAUGUUGCCAGACCUCGCUGAGUUGCUCCAGCACUUUGCGUUUUACUCAAGAUUCCAGCAUCUGCAGUUCCUUAGCCAAACACCAGCUCAUCGAAAAAGGUCCUUGAGCCCAUAGAGUCUUUGCUCACCAUCGAUCACCUGUACACUAGUUCUAUGCUAACCCAACCUACACACUAGGAGAAAUUUACAGAAGCUGAUUGACCUGCACGUCUUUGGUAUGUGGGAGGAAAUCAGAGCACCCAGAGUAAAUCCACACGGUUACAGUGAGACCCUACAAACUCCGUACAGACAGCACCCGUACUUGGGAUCGAACCCGGGUCUCUGCUGUGAGGCAGCAGCUCUAUCGCUGCUCCACCGUGCCACCUUAGCUCACUGACUGUGUGGUGAGCGGAGGGGAGAUACCGCUCAUUUGCUUUUCCUGUUUUGUGAUUGAGUUUUCAACUCAAUCGUCCAACCUGGAGAUGCUGAAGAACACACGUAAUACAGAGAGGCAGUGGAAAUGCGGUGAAUGUGAGAAAGGUUUCCGCUUCCCUUCACAGCUGGAAAUACAUCGUCGCAACCACACCGGGGAGAGGCCGUUCACCUGCUCCACAUGUGGCAAAGGAUUCACUCUGUCCUCCACCCUGCUGACACACCAGUCCAUUCACACGGGGGAGAACCUGUUCACCUGCCCGGUGUGUGGCAAGGGAUUCAAUUUUUGGUCCCACCUGCUGAGACACCAGCGAGCCCACAGUGACAAGCGGCCGUCUCGCUGUCCGCGCUGUCGGAAGAGGUUCAAGAGCGCCGAGGAUCUGGCCAAACACCAGCUCGUCCACACGGAGAGGCGUUUCUGUUGCUCCCGCUGUGGGAAGAUGUUCAAGCGAUUGCCCAACCUUGUGGAGCAUCAGCACAGUCACACUGGGGCGAGGCCCUUCUCCUGCUCUGUGUGCGGGAAGGGAUUCACGACGUCAUCCACCCUCCUAACGCACCAGAGGGUUCACAAUGGGGAGAAGCCCUUCACCUGCUCCUUGUGCGGGAAGGGCUUCACGCGGCCAUCCAAUCUCGCCACCCACCAGCUCGUCCACACCGACGAGAAGCCUUUCGGGUGUUCCGUCUGCGAGAAGACCUUUAAAGCCUCCAGGGAUCUGCUGAGGCACCAGCCGGUCCACUCCGGGGAGAGGCCAUUCACCUGCUCCGUGUGCGGGAAGGCUUUCAGUCUCUCCUCCAGCCUUCUGACCCACCGACGCAGUCACUCCGGGGAGAAGCCCUUUGCCUGCCCCAUGUGCGGCAAGAGGUUCAUGUACUCGUCCCACUACACCGAACACCAGCUGGUUCACUCUGAGCACAGGCCUUUUAAAUGUGCCGAAUGCGAGAAGAGUUUUAAAAGCACAAAGGACCUGCUGAAGCACCAGCGCAUCCACACUGGGGAGAGACCCUUCAUCUGCUCUAUAUGUGAGAAGGGCUUCACUCGCUCGUCCCACCUAAUGAGACACCAGCGGGUUCACAGAAGGCUGCAGAGUUUGGAUGCUGACUUCUUUUAGACUUUAGAGAUACAGCACGGAAACAGGCCCUAUGGCUCACCGAGUCCGUGUCGACUAACGAUCACCCCGUGUAC